AUGAGACUCAUCAUCCGUGACGAUGCCGAGGCCACGAGCGCCUACGUGGCGCGGUACAUUGUCGACCGCAUCAAGGCCUUCCAGCCUACUCCUCAGAACCCCUUUGUGCUGGGACUUCCCACAGGGUCAAGUCCUCUCGGUGUAUACCGAAUGUUGGUAGAAAUGUACAAAUCCGGCCAGUCUUACCACACCUUCAUGUGGACCAACCUCUUCGCGCACGUCAACAUCCACCCAUCAAACGUGCACAUACUGAACGGUAACGCGCCCAACCUCGAGGCCGAGUGCGUGUCGUACGAGGAGGCCAUCCGGUCAGCGGGUGGGAUAGACCUCUUCCUCGCCGGCAUAGGGGACGACGGGCACAUCGCCUUCAACGAGCCGGGAUCCAGCCUGGCCAGCCGCACGCGCGUCAAGACGCUGGCCUACGACACCAUCCUCGCCAACUCCCGCUUCUUCGGCAACGACGUCUCCCAGGUGCCCCGCAUGGCUCUGACGGUCGGGGUCCAGACGGUCCUGGAGUCCCGCGAGAUCGUCGCCAUCAUCCUCGGGCAGCGCAAGUCCCUCGCCCUCCAGAGGUGCGUCGAGCAGGGGGUCAACCACAUGUGGACCCUGUCCAGCCUCCAGCUGCACCCGCACCCCAUGAUCUGUGUCGACGAGGACGCCACCCUCGAGCUCCAGGUCAAGACGGUCAAAUACUUCAAGUCCAUCGAGAAGGUCGCCGUCGAACAGGGGUUCGAGCAGAUCCUCCCCUCCAAGGUCCGCACCGGAAACAGCACCGCCACCGGCAGCAGCGACGGAAACCAAGCCGCCAACGCCCAGGAGGUCCACGUACCCUUCAUAGAAGCCCCCAUCGCCACCUCACCUACCAUCCUCGCACCUCAACCCACCACCUCCCGCCUCUUGCGUCCCACCACUCCCGCAAACGAGUACCCCGUUCGCUCCGUCUCCCCGGACGUAGACCUUGUCCCCGACCGUAUGGCUUCGCGUAUCCCCGAGAAGCCUCAGCUCACUCAGCGCCUCACUCCCAAUCCCGAGAAGCAGCUUCUCAACGGGAAUGUCAACCACCACCAGCCUACUCCCAUCGUCAUCUAG